UCCAGCAAAAAAUAAUACCGGAACAGUAUUUUGUCAUAUUUACCAUUCACAAGACUUUAAAUUUAUAUCAAACUCCCAAAAUUAUGAAUAAAUAUGUGUACAAAAAUAUUUUAAUCUAAAACCGAAAGCCUUAUCCGUGUAUGUCAUGCUCUAUAGUAGCAUUAUUAAAGUGAAUACAUUUUCCGGACAGUGAAUUCGGAUAAACAUUGAUUUUGACUGAACGAAACUAAAUCAACUAAUUCUAGAUAUCAUCAUGAUGAAACCAUCUUUCACAACUGUUUUAGCAGGGCUUUUUAUUUCAUACAUGGCCUAUUCAAUGUAUACCAUUGCUCUGAUAUUUUUUCCUACACAUUGUAAAGAAACAGGAAAGAAAGUCAUGUGUCUUCAACCUUACACGCUAAAGAAGUCCGAUUUUGAGAUGUCACUUUACACAUCAACAAAAGCUGCACCUCUGAAUGACUUGCAACUUAUUUGGAAAUACUCAAAUUUCUCCCUCCUUGUGACGGAAGAGAAAGAACUCAAUGUCACCAUUCCAAGACAGACUCGUCGCAAUGGAACUAUGUUCCUCCACGCCUUUCUGUACCCAAAGAAACACGACCCAUUCAGCAGCAAGUAUGUGUCCUACAUCCAGGUGCCAAUUACAACCUACAUGAUUCCACAGUCAUCUGUUUUUAACCUGCUACGAGAUGAUGCCAAAGACAUCAAAAUGCCAUCACUGACAAAAAACCAGGGCUCCCCCGUGACUCAUUGGAGGUCAAAGGUCACAGUUAGUGUGAUGGAGGAUCAGAUAGCAUUUGACCGGAUGGCCGUGCCCACUGAAGUAAUGAAAUACCUCAGAUUGACUCCAAACGGCGAAUAUCUUCCUAUUGUCUUCAUAGAUGAGCUUGGAUUUAGAACCAAGGACCUGGUGCUGGUAAACAAAACUGUUGACAUCCUGUCACUGACGGUGACUUAUACUCCAAUCUCCGUCGGCAAGCUGCGAAUGUGGACCAACAUGUUGGAAUCUAUCAAAACACUUCAUAGUUUAGGUUUUACUGAGAAGGACACAGACGAGAUUAAGGGGAUUUUUUCAGACACAAAUUUCUAUUUUCUUAUGAUGACCUUUGCAGUAGCAGCCUUACAUCUACUAUUUGAUUUCCUUGCCUUCAAAAAUGACAUAAGUUACUGGCGUAACAGAGAUACAAUGGUGGGGCUGUCUACAAGAGCUGUCGUAUGGCGGUGUGUGUCACAGAGCAUUAUCUUCCUCUACCUACUUGAUGAGGAAACCAGUCUAUUAGUACUCAUACCUGCUGGAAUUAGCACCAUUAUAGAGGCAUGGAAGGUAACGAAAGCCUUUAAAGUAUCAAUCGCUUGGAACGGAUAUAUUCCCAAGAUAAGUCUUGGCACUAGUUCUGCCAAGGAGUUAGAAACAGCUGAGUUUGAUUCGCAGGCGAUGAAAUAUCUAUCAUACGUGCUAUACCCACUGUGUAUUGGCGGGGCCGGAUACUCGCUGAUGUAUGUGCAACACAAGAGCUGGUUCUCUUGGGUUAUCCAGAGCCUUGUCAAUGGUGUUUAUGCUCUUGGGUUUCUGUUCAUGCUGCCGCAGCUGUUCGUUAAUUACAAGUUGAAAUCUGUGGCCCAUUUACCAUGGAGAGCUUUUAUGUACAAGGCGUUCAACACAUUCAUCGAUGACAUAUUUGCAUUUAUCAUCACCAUGCCGACUGCUCACAGACUGGCCUGCUUCAGGGAUGAUCUGGUUUUCAUGGUCUACCUCUAUCAAAGAUGGUUAUAUCCAGUUGACAAGGCGAGAGUCAACGAGUAUGGGCAGUCGUUUGACGAUGCUGUCAUAGAAAAACAGAAGAAGGAGUAGAACUCAGGAAUAUGAGUAGAUAAUUAAGGGCUGUCGCAUAAUACUUGUAUGCAUUCUAGGCAUUAACAUACAGUUGAACCUCAUUGGCUCGAACUCCCAGGGACCCGCGGAAAUACCUUGAGCCUCGAAAAAUUCAAGCCAAGCGGGAAUGCUUACCUUCAGGUUAAAGAAAUCGGUCCUUUAAAUCCAGUUCGACCCAACGAGGAAUUCGAGCCAAGAGAGUUUGAACCAAGGGGUUUCGACUGUAAAGGAUUAUUAGCUUAAAUGGCAUGCUAUUUUAUCAACUGUAAUUGUAAGUUGUUCUAGACGUUUACACAAUUGGAUGUUGGUUUAAAUUUUAAUGGCAUGACAUUUUAUUGAAUGUAAUUGUAAGCUGUUCUAGAUGUUUAAACAAAUAGAUGUUGGUUUAAAUUUUAAUGGCAUGACAUUUUAUCGAAUGUAAUUGUAAGCUGUUCUAUAUCUACACAAUGGUAUUAGCUUAAAUUUAAAUGGCGUGUCAUUUCAUCUGCUAUUCUGGAUAUUUACACAAAUGGAUAUAUUGGUUUAAAUUUUAAUGAUUUUUUUUUUUAUGUUGUGUAAUUUCAUCUGCUGUUAAUGUUUGCUGUUCUAGAUGUUUACAUACAUGGAUAGUAGAUGUUUACAUACAUGUAUAGUAGAUGUUUACAUACAUGGAUAGUAGAUGUUUACAUACAUGGAUAGUAGAUGUUUACAUACAUGGAUAGUAGAUGUUUACAUACAUGGAUAGUAGAUGUUUACAUACAUGGAUAGUAGAUUUGUUAUAAAUGAUGUGUCAUUUAAUCGAAUGGCAAUGUUUGUUGUUUUUGACAUUUUCAUAAACGGAAACUAGUUCAAAAUAAAUGGAUAUUAGUUUUAAUUUCAAUGUCAUGUCUUUUUUAUCUACUUUCAAUGUUAUCUGUUCUAGACAUUAAGAUGAGUGUAUAUUAGUUUGGAAAUAAGUUUAAAUGAAAUGGAUAUAAGGUUAAAUUUUAAUGGCCAGUCAUUUCAUCUGCUGACAAUGUUUGCUGUUAAAGGCAAUUACAGAUUUAGACAUUAGUUGAAAUCUAAAUUGUGUGUCAUUUUUUUCUAAUGUCUAUCUCUAAUGUUCUUGACAUUUACGCAAAUGGAUAUUAGUUUAAAUUAUAUGGAUAUUAGUUUAAAUUAUAUGGAUAUUAGCUUAAAUUAUAUGGAUAUUAGCUUAAAUUAUAUAGAUAUUAGCUUAAAAUAUAUGGAUAUAAGGUUAAAAUGGUAUGUCAUGAAUGGUAUGUCAUUAUCUACUGGUAAUACUUUCUGUUCUAGACAUUAACGCAAAAUGGAUAUUGGUUUAAAUGUGAAUGGUAUGUCAUUAUUUGCUGUCAUUGAUUGCUGUUUCAGACAUUUGAAUUUAUUUUUAUGUGAAUUUUUUAUGCACUGUAACUCCAUUUUCUUUUGGUAUCAUUUGCUAUGGUUUUGUGUCCAGGAAAAGAAAAACUACUGAAAUAUUAUUAUAUCAUAUUCUUUGGAGUAAAUUUAUUGCAAAAUAUGUGUUUUAAUAUACAUCUGAUUUCAGUAGAAUUAAAAGAGUAAUAUACAAUUUUUGAUAACAAAUAUGUAUUAUGUAUGUAUAAUAAUCAUACCCUAGAAAAUUGAUGUUUGAAGGGGGUUUAUUGGAGUCACCCUGUGGGCGGUCGUUUCGUUGUAAUGUUCUUUGUCCAAAGGAUCACAUGAGACAUAGUGGAUGGAAUUUAAACUUCAAAAAAUGGUAAAGCACAAUUACAGGAAUUCCGGUGCACAUGAAGAUCCAUAUCAGGAUUUCAUCUAAUGACAGAGUUAUUGCCCUUUGAUACUCAAUGGAUUUUAAUUAAACAACAAACUUUGGUCAGGCAUGAUGAGUGAAAAUGCAGUGUACAAUAAGCUCAGAGAUAUGGCCUCUUCUCAAAGAAAUAGUUUGCCAUUCCUGUGUUCAGGCAGCAUUUGGGGGUAUUUGUCACAUCUGUGACAGUUCUAGUUUAUUUUAACUUAUACAAAAUUAUAUUGGAUCACUGGGCAUCAAAAUUAAGCAUUAUUGUUAAUGGAGCUAUCAGGGAAUUGGCUUAUUUGUUGGUCAGAAUCAUUAAUGGAAUUGUUUGUUCUCUGUGCUUAUCAUAUCCCUGUUUUAAUUAGAUGAACUACAGUUACAUGUAUGUGUUUGAUACCAAAUUUGAUUAUUUGUGAAGUGUUUAAGUAUAUGAAAUGGGCAUUUUUUGCCAUAUUGAUAUGUAUUUAAAACCUAAUUCUUCAGCAAUUUACUAAAGACAAAGUUUAUUUGAAUUUGAAAUUUGAAUUGAAUUUAAAGCACUUACUUAAUAUUUAACUCCAUGUAUUGAUCAUAGAAUAUUCUGCCAUUGUAUGUUGUCAUGUUGUCCAUCUUUGACAAUCACUGCUUACAUUAGUGGCAGACCCUAGCUUACCAUGCCAUAAGACCCUCCUAACUGGCUUUGCCCCAGACCCCCUAGCUGGCUAUGCCCCAAGACACCCUUGCUGGCCAUACCCCUAGAGCGCCUAGCUGGCCAUGCCCCAACCCCCCUAACUGACCAUACCCCAGAUCCCUCAAGCUGGCCAUGCCCCAAGACACCCUAGUUGGCCAUGCCCCUGACAUCACUAACUGACCAUGCACUCAGAGGCCUCCUAGCUGGCCAUGCGCCCAGACCAACCUAGCUCACCAUGCCCCAAGACCCCCUAGCUGGCCAUGCCCCAAGACCCUCUAACUGGCCAUGCCGCAAGACCCCCUAGCUGGCCAUUCCCCUAGAGCCCAUAGCUGGUCAUGCCCCAACCCCCCUAACUGACCAUACCCCAGAUCCCUCAAGCUGGCUAUGCCCCAAGACACCCUAGUUGGCCAUGCCCCUGACAUCACUAGCUCACCAUGCCCCAAGACCCCCUAGCUGGCCAUGCGCACAGACCCUCUAACUGGCCAUGCCGCAAGACCCCCUAGCUGGCCAUGCCCCAAGACCCUCUAAUUGGCCAUGCCGCAAGACCCUCUAGCUGGCCAUGCCCCAAGACCCUCUAAUUGGCCAUGCCCCAAGACCCUCUAAUUGGCCAUGCCCCAAGACCCUCUAAUUGGCCAUGCCGCAAGACCCUCUAGCUGGCCAUGCCCCAAGACCCUCUAAUUGGCCAUGCCCCAAGACCCUCUAAUUGGCCAUGCCGCAAGACCCUCUAGCUGGCCAUGCCCCAAGACCCUCUAGCUGGCCAUGCCGCAAGACCCCCUAAUUGGCCAUGCCGCAAGACCCUCUAGCUGGCCAUGCCCCAAGACCCUCUAAUUGGCCAUGCCCCAAGACCCUCUAGCUGGCCAUGCCGCAAGACCCCCUAAUUGGCCAUGCCGCAAGACCCUCUAGCUGGCCAUGCCCCAAGACCCUCUAAUUGGCCAUGCCCCAAGACCCUCUAAUUGGCCAUGCCGCAAGACCCUCUAGCUGGCCAUGCCCCAAGACCCUCUAACUGGCCAUGCCCCAAGACCCCCUAGCUGGCCAUGCCGCAAGACCCUCUAGCUGGCCAUGCCCCAAGACCCUCUAACUGGCCAUGCCCCAAGACCCCCUAGCUGGCCAUGCCCCAAGACCCUCUAACUGGCCAUGCCGCAAGACCCCCUAGCUGGCCAUGCCUCAAGACCCCCUAGCUGGCCAUGCCCCAAGACCCCCUAGCUGGCCAUGCCCCAAGACCCCCUAGCUGGCCAUGCCGCAAGACCCCCUAGCUGGCCAUGCCUCAAGACCCUCUAACUGGCCAUGCCCCAAGACCCCCUAGCUGGCCAUGCCCCAAGACCCUCUAACUGGCCAUGCCGCAAGACCCCCUAGCUGGCCAUGCCCCAAGACCCCCUAGCUGGCCAUGCCCCAAGAGCCCAUAGCUGGCCAUGCCGCAAGACCCUCUAGCUGGCCAUGCCCCAAGACCCUCUAGCUGGCCAUGCCCCAAGACCCCCUAGCUGGCCAUGCCCCAAGACCCUCUAGCUGGCCAUUCCCCUAGAGCCCAUAGCUGGCCAUGCCCCAACCCCCCUAACUGGCCAGUUACUUUAAGUCUUAGGCCAGUUAUUUUUUUUUCAAAGCCAGCACUUAACACUUAACACACAUUUAUUUGCUUCAAAGGGGUAAUUAAUGAAUCCUACCAGCCCUACUUUUUAAAAGUAUGCUCCUACUUUUAUGCCUACCUUUUUGUUAUUUGUCACUUGAAAGCCUGCAGGUUCAUGUUGAUUGCCCUUCCCCCUCUAUGCUUUACAAUUUGUUAACUUUGCAUUGUUGAUUGUUUAUUUUACUUCCUUUCACCCUAGGGACUUAUUCAUAAAGCAUCUUAGUGAAUAUGAUCAUUGAAAUAAAAACAAUGCUUUUAUGCUACUUUGAUUCGAAGUAGAAUUUAAAUAAAAUUGACCAAAAAUUUACUCGAAAAGUUUUAAAAUAAGCAAAAAAAAGGUUUGUAUUAUAAAAGCAUAUAAAAAAUAUGAUGAAAGGUAGAGGUAUUAAAAAUAUAAAAUGUUAAAAUUGUGAAAAAAAAUCACUUUGAAUUUGUUCACUAACAAUCUGUAUGAAUACUGCCUCUGUGGCUUUUUUUGCAAUGAUAACAAUGUGCUUUAAUUAUUGUUGAAAUGAAUUUGGAUUUAUAGAUUGUUUUAUAAAACUUUUUUAAGUUUGAAGUGAUACAUGUAUAUUUUCUAUGAAAUACAUGUGUAACCAGAAAUACAUGGUUGGUCUCAAAAUUGCAUGUUUAACUUAAAGUAUGGUUAACCUUAAAUGCAUAGAAAUCCAAAAAAAAUGUGGUUCACUAAAAAUGCAUGUUGAACCAAAAUUUCAUGGUUAAUAUAUGGCUAACCAAAAUUAUAUGGUUAACCAAAAAUGUGGUUAACCAUAAGGACAUGGUUAAUAAAAUUGCAUGGCAAACCAAAACCAAUCGUACAUAUUUAACCAAAGAUGCAUGUUUUAACCAAAGAUGCAUGGUUAACCAGAAGUAAAAGUACAUGUUUAACCAAAAAUUCAUGGAUAACCAAAAAUAAAUGUUCAAAAAUGUUUUCCUUUUCUCUAUUGUAAUUAAUAUUAUACAGUAGCAAAAAUUAUUGUUUUUAUGUCUUUGUGUGUCAUAUUUUGCUAUUUAUUUGCAGUAAAUUAUUAAUUUUCGUAUGGUAGUUUAUGACAUAGAAACUAUCACUUCAUUUUAUUGUUGAUUUAUGUAUUUUUGUAUGACAUAGUAGAUUUAAUUAAUCUGCUCUCUAUAAAGUGGUUUGUUUUAAGAGGUACAUGUGAAAAGAGUAAUAUAUAUUUUUGAGCUUGUCUGUUGUUUUUUCGUUGCUGUGUAGAAACUAACAUAACUCAAAAACUGUACAAAUAUUCCAAUGAAACUUGGUAAACAUGUUGUAAGUGUCAAUCCUUUAAUUUAUAGCAAGGCACAUAACUCUGGCUUGAAUUUUUUUUGGAGUUCUUCCCUUGUUCUUCUUGAGGAAAGAUACUCAGCAGCACUGGGGAUUGGUUUGCAACACACUUGUUGAAUUGAUGCCUUUGAUUUGCUUUUUUAUGCACAACUUGUGAAUUAGUUAUGAUAUGCAUAACCCGAUAGUUGCUUUGCCAGAGUUCAUCUGUGGCUAUUUUUAAGUUAACAAAGGGAGGUAACCCAACAACUGGUUAGCCAGAGUUCAUCUGUGGCUAUUAUUAAGUUAACAAAGGGAGGUAACCCAACAAUUGCUCAGCCAGAGUUCAUGAGUUGCUGUUUUUUCAGUUAAUAAAGGGUUGAAUUGGUUAGCAUGAGUAAUGUCACUUAAAUGUCCAUGAUCAUAUGGGAACAUGAUUACCAAACUUCAUGUUACUAUCAAAUAUUGCGUACAAGUCUUAGCUAUCAUGGAUUUUUCGCAGAAGAAUAGUGCUGACAACAAUACAGAUUAUGUAAAGCUAAACUUGUUUUUUGUUUGUUUUUUUCAUUUUGAAACAUAUGAACUUCAAAAUGUCAUGUUACGUUCCAGAUAUUUGUUUUUGAUUAUUAUUGUAAAUGAGAAUUUAUGAUUAAUCAAAUACUGGAUCUCAAUUCCUAAUACAUUAUGAUGUAUUCCUUUUUUUAAAUAUUUAGUUGUAUUUUGUGGUUAUUUGUUUUUUAAGUUGUCUAGACACUGUCUUGAUUUUAAUAUAUUGAAAAGCAGCUUUUCUGUGAGAUCCUUCGACCCAUUGAAAUCCAAAACUGUUAUGAUUUUCUUGUAUUUUACUAUUUGGUGUUUUGUUUCUUAUUGAAUCGACUACAACUCAAUGUAUAGUAGUGUUUUAAAGUAGUACUAGAAAGCGAACAGUUAUAUAUUUUGCACACCUGAGCACCUAGAAUUUAAUGGUGAGCUGUAUAGUUAUUUAACCAAGGCCAUCUGGGUCCUCCUAUUUCUAUUGCUUUUUUAUUAUUUAUUAAACUUCUGUGAAAAGGGUGACCCACUUAAUUGAGGCAUUUGUAGACCGUAUUUUUUGCAUAGUUUCUUAUUGCUUAAAAUUUCCCAGAAUUGAAAAAAAAGGUUCUAAUAAUUAAUACUCUUUCUACUACAAGUACAUAUCUACUUACUACUAAGCUUGCGCUGUUUCCAGCAGCUGUUUAGGCUUCCGUCUUAUAAAAGAGGUAGUUCUUUUGUUUGUUAUUGUUUCUAACCCUAUUGUGUCAUCCUUCUUGGGCACUCAUGAAUGCUGAUAGAGUCGAAACUCGUUGGCUCGAUAUCCCUGGGACCAGCCAAAAUAAUUUGUGCCACACGAAUAACGAGCCAAGCGGAAAUUAAAACAUAGAGUGAAAGAAGAUUGGUAUUUUAUAUCAAGUUCGAGCGAACGAGGAGAACGAGCUAAGCGAUAUCGAGCCAACGGGUUUCGACUGUAAGAUUACUUUGUUAGUGUUAUGUUUAUUUUCAACAAUGAGGCACUAAGGUUAUUGUCUUUUGAAUUUGAAUAGCCUUUUCAUAGGAAAUAGCUUUUUUGUUUUCAGAUAAAACUAAAUGAAUAGCAGUGUUCACCAAUUUUGUAUUGGCAUAAUUACUAUAUGAUUGUUGUUUUUUACGUAUGCUUUAUGUUAAGACUGUUCCAGGAAUAAAGGUCUUGGGUGGGGGAGGCAUUCUUAAAAAGGGGUUCCACCAACACGAUUAUAUAUUAUAGUGAUAACUGUAAAAGGCCUGAUGACCCUAAACACAACAUUUAUAUUCAUCUAAACACCCACUACCAACACAAUGACGUGAAAUUAUAUCGGACCACAUAUACAUAAUGUAAUAUCGAAAUAAUUGUGAAAAAUGUUAUCAUUUUGUUUGUAUAUGUAUAUGCAUACAAGCGUACUUGAACCAGCCCAAUUGCGUUCAUAUCACCGAUAAUGACAUCAAUCCCGCAAUUCAUUACUUAUAUAUUUACACCAACAGUUCAUUAUUUCAUUUAAGUAUUGUUUAAAAAACUUCAUUUAAUUUAAGAACCUUGCAGUAAUUCUUUCUCACCCAUUCUGUAAAUAGUAGACCCGACCGUAACCGGAAACAGUUAAUCAAAUGACGUCACAAUAACGCGGGGAAAAAUAAUUCACUUCAAUCUCAUUUAAACGUAAUAUUAAACACUAAUAACACCAACACAUUAAACAUAUCAUAAAUGUACACUUUCUAGCAUGUUGGUAUAAGAUUUUCGGUGCCUGCUCACAUAAUACAAACAAUAACAAGAUAAACAAUUUUCAAUAUGAUUCGCGAUCCGAACAUAUCCGAAGAUGUUGCGUUCAUCGGAUGAUAAUUACAACUGCAGUUCAUUUAAGGAAUGGAAGUUGAGGUGUAUACAUUCUCCGUUCAAAACCACAGGCAUCUGGAUCAUUGUUUGUCCAAAGAUGUUAAAUGUACAUGUCAAUGACAUCAUCUGGGCGCUUGUCGGUAAAAUGGCAGGCUGCCUACGAAAUUUAAAGAGGAUUUAAUUUGAAGACUGAUACGGUUGUUUCUUAAACUGUGGUGUUAGUCUUAUGGUGAUAUUAAGGAAUGGAAUUAAUUUAUCUGUACACUGAAACAUAAAAUAACUUCAAAUGGACUGUCAUUAGUACUGUUUAUACGGGAAAAAUUGAAGAUUUGAAUUUGCUGUACUCUUUCCGACUAAAGAAAAACACGAGAAUUGGACAUUGAAUUAUGCUUGUUUGUCUAAAGACAUUAUAGAUAUACCAACAUAUCGCACACCAUUUUAAAGGUAAUUGACUCUUCUUUCCAUGUCACUUAUUUAAAAAUGGAUUUUUUUAUGUUGGUUGAGAAAUUUGCAUAAAACUGGACUCUACCGUGAAAUCGGGUUUCUUUUUUGUAUAUGAAAGACACCAAAUAUCUUCAGAUGUGUUGUUUAUCUCAUUUUAUGUACGAACAAUGAUCCAGAUGCCUGUGUUCAAAACGGCAGGGCACUUCAUCAAGGUCACCUAAUUUUUCAAUCGGUGUUGAUAAAAUACAAUGUCGUGAAUAUUGCUUUCGAACCUGUCCGUUUGCGUUUCAAAAUAAAUUUGAAAACGAUAGAAGCUAAGUUUAUAUCCCAACGGUCGGCCUAUUUGACAUAAACACCUACAAACACAUUUAAACAGUCUUGUAGUUGAACAUAUAUUGGUACGGCAAAUAUUGGUAUUUUGGUAUUUUAACGGAUUGAAGAUGACAGUACAAAGUAUGCGAUAUACAUGUACGUGACAUUAAAUCAUCAAACAAGAAGUCUGAAAAUCUGGACUUAUGUCUCAUGUCGGUUGUUGGCAGUAUUUCUAAUUUAAAUUGUGUUCGAAAUGUGGUUUACGCGUAGCAUCAUCGCUCUGGUGUACGAGAAUUCAUUCCCAGCCUAGGCCUUAUUUCCUGGAACAGCCCUCGUGUUAAAUUAUGUCACAAAUCAAAAUGUAAGACAGUUUCAUGAUAAAUGUAUGACAAACUA